AUGUCUCAAACACAAAGAAGAAAGGUAGCUGUGGUCACCGGUGCGUCCUCCGGUAUUGGUUACGAGGUCACCAAAGAGCUAGCACGUAAAGGGUUCAAAGUUUUUGCCUGUGCUAGAAGAACUGCACCAAUCGAGCCUCUGGUUAACUCUUUUGGUAAGGAGUUGAUUGUUCCUCACCAUCUGGAUAUCUCAGAACUCGAUGAAGUCCUAAAAUUCAAGGAGUUCCUAGCCAGUGAGCUGCCUGAGCAGAAAUUGGACAUCUUAUACAACAAUGCAGGCCAAAGUUGUACAUUUCCAGCUCUGGAUGUCUCUAAUGAUGUUAUGGAACAAUGUUUCAAAGUGAACGUCUUUGGCCACAUCAAUAUGACCCGUGAAUUGGCCCAGUACUUGAUCAAUGCUAAAGGUACUGUGAUCUUUACGGGUUCCAUCGCAGGGUUCUCUACAUUACCCUUUGGAAGUAUCUACGCUGCUACCAAGGCUGCUAUCCAUGAGUAUGCCCGUACUUUACACUUGGAAUUGAAACCAUUCGGUGUGAGAGUUAUCAAUGCUAUCACUGGAGGGGUGCUAACUGACAUAGCUGACAAGAGAGACCUUCCAGAAGGGUCCAUAUACAAGUUCCCUCAAGGCAUUGAUGCCUUCCGCACCAGACAAACUAUGGCAAAGGACAAUCACCCAAUGCCAGCCGAUGUAUACGCUAAGAAAGUUGUCGAAGACUUAUUGAGCUCGAGAGACCCCGUUGACAUCUACAGAGGUAGAUUUGCUACUAUCAUGAGCUUUGUCCACAUUUUGGUCCCUUAUUGGCUCUUGGAAUGGGGACUUGCAAGAAAAUUCAAGCUGGAUAAAGUGGCUGUAGCCAUCCAAGAGAAAUAUAACAAAACUGAGUAA